AUGAAAGAAGUGGUCGUGGAUGAGCCUCCCAAGUGCAUCAAGGGGCUCGACUUCGGUCUGUUUGCCGCUCGUGAUAUCUUGGCACAGUCCGAGGUUGAGGUGACCACUCGAGAUCUUUACGAUCUCGAGAAGGGCCGUACACCCAAAGAACAUGGUGCUCUAGAUACCAAGAUGGGGAUCUCGCUGAACUCGCUGGAGUGUGCCACUUGUCAUGGAAACUUGGCCAGUUGUCACGGUCACUUUGGUCACGUCAAGUUGGCCCUCCCAGUGUUCCACGUGGGAUACUUCAAGCAGAUCAUCCAGAUUCUUCAGCAGAUCUGUAAGAACUGUGGUAAGGUGCUUUUGGACGAUAACAUGCGCCAGCUGUUGGGAGCGGAGUUACAACGGUGCACCAACGGUGCUGGUUCCGACAACUUGCGUCGCAUGAAGGCGCUCAAGAAGAUUGUUGACCAGUGUAAGAAGACGCGGCGAUGCUUCUACUGUAACCACGUGCAGGGGGUGGUGAAGAAGGCUGCGCUGGGUAGUCUGGGUCCCGCUGGGCUUAAGAUUGUCCACGAUACUUUCCGUUGGAUCGGGAAGAAGCCCACUCCGGAAAAGGAAGUGUGGGAUAAAGAGUUCGAACAGGUUUGGUACCGUAACCCCGAACUCGAAAAGUACCUGAAGCGGGUGAUGGAAGACUUGAACCCGCUUAAAGUGCUCAACCUUUUCAAACAGAUCCUGUCGUCCGACUGUUUAUUGUUGGGAAUGGACCCUGAGCGUGGUCGCCCGGAAAUGUACAUCUGGCGAUUCUUGCCCGUUCCCCCUGUGUGUAUCCGUCCCUCGGUGAUGAUGGAUGCCCAAUCUAACGAAGAUGACUUGACGGUGAAGAUCACCGAAAUCGUGUGGACACUGUCGAUGAUUAAAGCUGGGAUCGAAAAGGGUAUUGGUAUCAACCAAUUGCUCGAACAGUGGGAUUACUUGCAAUUAGCGGUGGCGAUGUACAUUAAUGCUGACUCCGUUAACCCGGCAUCAUUACCUUCUCUGAGCUCGGGUAGUGGGGCUAAGGCUAAGCCUAUCCGUGGUUUCUGCCAGCGGUUGAAGGGUAAACAAGGUCGUUUCCGUGGUAACUUGCUGGGUAAGCGUGUUGACUUCUCGGGGCGUACCGUCAUUUCCCCCGACCCUAAUUUACGCAUUGACGAAGUUGCCGUGCCCAAUCUUGUUGCUAAAGUGUUGACUUACCCGGAACGAGUGACCCGAUACAAUAAGCAAAAGCUUCAACGACUUGUGCGCAACGGUCCCGAUGUCCACCCUGGUGCCAACUACUUACUCAAACAAAAUGAAGAAGCAAAGCGUAACUUAAGAUAUGGUGACCGCCAGAAGUUGGCGAAGUUCUUGGCCAUUGGUGAUGUGGUGGAACGUCAUCUCGAAGAUGGUGAUGUGGUGUUGUUUAACCGUCAACCGUCAUUGCAUCGUCUUUCAAUUUUAUCGCAUUACGCCAAGAUUCGGCCCUGGAGAACGUUCAGACUUAAUGAAUGUGUCUGUACUCCCUACAACGCCGAUUUUGAUGGUGACGAAAUGAACUUGCAUGUCCCCCAAACCGAAGAAGCUCGUGCUGAAGCUAUUAAUUUGAUGGGGGUGAAAAACAAUUUGUUGACUCCCAAGUCGGGUGAACCGAUUAUCGCCGCCACUCAGGAUUUCAUCACUGCAUCGUACUUAAUCUCCCACAAGGACUCCUUUUACACUCGAGCAGAAUUCUGUGAACUUUUGGCGAUGAUGAGUGACGCCAACCUCAAGUUUGAUCUUCCUCCUCCCGCCAUCUUUAAGCCUGAACGCAUGUGGACUGGUAAGCAAGUGUUCAGCAUGUUGAUUCGUCCCAACCGCCAGCUGCCAGUGGUGAUCAACUUGGAUGCCAAGUGUAAGACUUGUGAAAAGGCUGAUCCUCCCGAAAUGUCUCCCAACGAUGGGUAUGUUAUCAUCAGAGGCUCGGAAGUGUUACUGGGGGUGAUGGACAAGUCGCUUUUGGGUGAUGGUAAGAAGCAUUCCGUGUUCUACACGAUUUUGCGAGACUUUGGUCCCGUCGAAGCCGCCGAGGCCAUGAACCGGAUGGCCAAGUUAUCUGCCAGAUACUUGGGUAACCGUGGUUUCUCUAUCGGUAUCUCUGACGUCACUCCCGGUGACGACUUGAAGCGUCGUAAGGAGUUGAUGGUCGAGCGGGCCUACCUCGAGUGUGACCAAUUGAUUGACAAGUAUAACCGGGGUAAAUUGGAAACUCAACCCGGUUGUAACGAAGAACAGACCCUUGAAGCGAAGAUUGGUGGUCUUUUGUCCAAGGUCAGAGAACAAGUCGGGGAGGUGUGUAUCAAGGAGUUGGAUGCUCUUAACGCCCCGCUUAUUAUGGCCACAUGUGGGUCGAAGGGGUCGACGCUUAACGUCUCGCAAAUGGUGGCGGUUGUCGGUCAGCAGAUUAUUUCUGGUAACCGUGUUCCUGACGGGUUUCAGGACCGGUCGUUGCCCCAUUUCACCAAGAACUCGAAGACGCCGCAGUCGAAGGGUUUCGUGCGCAAUUCGUUCUUCCUGGGGCUUACUCCCCCCGAAUUCUUGUUCCACGCCAUUUCCGGUCGUGAAGGGUUGGUCGAUACUGCCGUUAAAACUGCCGAAACCGGUUACAUGUCUCGUCGUUUGAUGAAGUCGUUGGAAGAUUUGAGUGCUCAGUACGACAACACCGUGCGGAACUCGCUGAACGGUAUUGUGCAGUUCCGCUACGGUGGUGAUGGCUUGGACCCCUUCGAUAUGGAAGGUGAUGCCGUUCCUGUCAACUUUGAACGUCAAUGGAACCAUCUGUUCAACGUGACUAUGGAUCUUGACGCUUCAGGGUUGUUGCCUGUUGAAGUAAUCAAGAAGACCAAGAAACUACUUCCAGUGAAGGAGGGCUCUCCCGAUGCCAAGUUCAAGCAGCUGGUGAUUGAGUUCGUCACCAAGAAGGCCGACCGGUUAGCUGAGUUACGCGAUCGUUACCUGCUUAGCGAUAACAUGCGUGAUGGCGAUCUGCCUGAACAAAUUGCUGUUGACCAAGUGCUUAAGAUCACUGAACGUUGUUUGACUCACUUUAUCGACACUUGUCGUACCAAGUACACUCGGGCGCUUGUGGAACCGGGUACUGCCGUCGGUGCCAUUGGUGCUCAAUCCAUUGGUGAACCCGGUACGCAAAUGACGUUGAAGACUUUCCACUUUGCUGGUGUGGCGUCGAUGAACGUCACGUUGGGGGUGCCUCGUAUUAAGGAAAUUAUUAACGCGUCGAAGGUGAUUUCCACCCCGAUUAUCAAGUCGGUGUUGGUGAAUCCUGAUGAUGAAAUUGCCGCUCGGGUGGUUAAGGGGCGUAUUGAAAAGACAUUGUUGCUGGACGUGGCGUUCAGUAUUUCUGAUGUCUACAAAAACAACAUGCUGUACUUGCUGAUCCAUGUCGAUAUGGACACCAUCGAGAAGUUGCAAUUGGAAUUGACGAUGGACCAAAUUGCGUCGGCGGUGGUCAAGGCUCCCAAGCUUAAGAUCAGUCCCGGUGAUGUGUCGGUGCUGAAGAAUACCAUCAACGUCUUGGUUACUCUCCGAGAAACCAAGGCUGAACAGAUUAAGGGCCUUACCCAGCCUACUGCUCUUUUCUUCCGCAUGCAACAACUCAAGCGGGCCCUCCCCAACAUUGUCAUUAAGGGGUUGCCGACGGUGUUCAGAGCUGUCAUCAAUAUCCGUGAUGAUCUGAAAAAGGAAUUGUUGGUCGAAGGUUACGGGCUCAAGGAAGUGAUGCUGACCGACGGUAUUGUCGGCACCAAGACUCUGACUAACCACGUGCUUGAGUGUAUGCAAGUGUUAGGGAUUGAGGCUGCUCGUUCUUCGAUCAUUCACGAAAUUGACUAUACCAUGAGUAGUCACGGGAUGGCGGUGGAUCCUCGUCACAUUCAGUUGUUAGGGGACGUGAUGACCUACAAGGGUGAAGUGUUGGGUAUUACCCGUUUCGGGUUGCUGAAGAUGCGGGAUUCGGUGUUGCAAUUGGCGUCGUUCGAAAAGACGACCGAUCACUUGUUUGAUGCUGCAUUCUACCUCAAGUCGGACAAGAUCGAAGGGGUGUCCGAGUGUAUUAUCUUGGGGCAAACUAUGGGUGUUGGUACCGGUAGUUUCAAGUUGGUGAAGACGAGUAACUUUGACUCGGCGAAGGCGUUGCGUCGUAACGAGACUUGGUUCGAAAAAUUGGCGACUCCGGUGGCGGCGUCGGCAUAA